AUGGACACAGUUCCCAAUAUCAAGAAAGUAUACUACAUGAUUCUUGCAGUCAUUGGCGUUCCUGUUAAUUUGGUGGCUAUUGCAAUCUUGUCCCGGGCAAAAUGUGGUCUCUCCGGCUGUACUACACGUUACUUGGUGGAUAUGGCAGUGGCAGAUCUGCUGGUUAUAGUCACUGACAUCAUAUUGUGGAGGAUAAGCUAUUAUUAUUUCCCAGGAUCCUUCCUGGACAUCACUCCUGUAUGCAGUGUUAUCUACGUCUUGACAUGUGCAGCCAGAGACUGCUCUGUGUGGUUCACGGUUACUUUCUCUUUUGAUCGAUUUGUUGCCAUUUGUUUCCAAAAGCUGAGAAUCAAAUAUUGCACGGAAAAAAAUGCAACUGCUGUUUUAGCAAUAACCUGCAUACUAUUAUGCUUUAAAAACGUCCCUUUUUACUUUACUUUUGAACCUGGAGAGAUAAUCGACAACGUGCCAUGGUUCUGUUAUUCAAAGUCAAGCUAUUAUACUGAACCUGGAUGGGUAGGUUUUGACUGGAUGGAUACAAUUUUAACCCCAGUACUGCCUUUUGCUUUAAUUUCAUUGUUCAAUUGUUUGACGAUUAGGUAUAUUGUAAUAGCUAGUCGUGUGCGUAAGAAGUUGAGGCAUCAGACCAAGGGAGGAAAUCGCAUUGAUGAAAAGAUGGCGAAUAGGAGGAAGUCUAUUAUUUUACUUCUAAGUAUAUCUGGCAGCUUUAUACUUCUUUGGUUGACGUAUGUGUUGCAUUUUAUAUAUUACAACAUCACAACAACAAAUCCGGAACGUUAUGAGGAUUCUUUGUACAUUUUUCAACAAGCUGGUGUUAUGCUACUGAGUUUAAAUUGCUGCACAAACACAUUUAUUUAUGCUUUGACUCAAUCUCAGUUCAGGGAACAAUUUAUGAGGGCAAUUAAAUAUCCAGUUAAUACCGUUUUUCAAAUAACUAACAAGCAAAACAACAGAAACUGA